UCCGGUUUGCGUUUGCGUGUGCGUCUUCCCUCAGUCCACAGCAGCGUUCCGACUUGUCAGGUUGUGUUUUUCGUCGCAACCGGUGCUACGCGGCGGAACGACGAUCCGACCACAGUACACCGCGUAACGGGAAGUGCGUCUCGCCAGACCCGACGUGUCUCGGUCCGGCGGUUCCAUCGCGUCGGACCUCCCGCCGCCGACGAUCAAAACAUCGACCACGAGGCACCAGCCCCAGCUGAAACGCCGCUUCCUCGUCUCCUCGCGUAAACCCUCGAUCGGGACAGCACGCGCCGCCGGAAGACUAACGCAGGAUGGCGGAAGCCCAUUCGGCCGUAGCAUUCAGCUUCUCGAUAACACACGAAGGAUGGGACGUAAACUUCGAUCGAGAGGUGCUCCAUUUGGUCUGGCUUUCUGGUAUACGGUCGUGGAAGAAGAGAUUAUUCCGAUUUCAGAACAAUCUUAAAAGUGGAGUUUAUCCGGCUUCUUUGGAGAGCCUAUGGGUCACUGUGAUUUUAGUAACGGCGAUACACUUUGCUGGUUACAAGGUUCCGUAUGACCUCGUCGGGAAAGUUUCACCGUAUCUUUCUGGAUCGUCGAUACUCGCGCACCUAGCAGGUUCCUUCGUGGUCGGACUGUUUUUAUGGUUGGCGGUCAUAUACGCGAUUCGGUAUACGCUGAAGCUGUUACUCAUGUACAAAGGAUGGAUGUAUGAAGCAAGAGGCAAAGGUCGCAGGCCAUCGAAGUUCACCCAAGUCUGGCUCUUGCUGGUGAAACUGUUCUCAGGUUGGCAUAAGCCCAUGCUGUACAGCUUCCAAGGAUCACUGCCACGAUUGCCGCUACCGACAGUACCUGAUACUAUGAAACGGUAUCUGAGGAGCGUACGGCCGUUGCUCGACGACGAGAAUUACGCUCGCAUGGAAAGGCUGGCCAACGAGUUCCAGAACGGCAUCGGAGUCAAGCUGCAGCGUUACCUGGUUCUUAAAUCUUGGUGGACCACCAACUAUGUAUCCGAUUGGUGGGAGGAGUACGUUUAUUUGCGCGGAAGAUCGCCUCUAAUGGUCAACUCGAAUUUCUAUGGAAUCGACGCCAUCCUUUCGCAUCCAACGAACGUGCAAGCCGCGCGAGCCGCAGCCGUAAUAUAUUCCUGCUUACAAUAUAGACGUCUUAUCGAACGCCAGGAAUUGGAACCGAUUCUAGUACAAGGAAUAGUACCAUUGUGUUCUUGGCAAUAUGAAAGAGUGUUCAAUACUACACGAAUUCCAGGAAUUGAAGUUGACAAAAUCGUGCAUUAUCAAGAUGCUAAACAUGUUGUAGUGUAUCAUAAGGGCAGAUAUUUCAAAGUUUUAAUUUAUUACCGUAACAGAAUUCUUCAAGCCUGUGAGAUAGAACUUCAGAUUCAACAAAUUUUGGAUGACGAUUCAACACCAUCGGAGGGAGAGGAGAAAUUGGCUGCUUUAACAGCUGGCGAGAGAACUGCCUGGGCGCAAGCCAGGAAAGACUUCUUCACGAAAGGUGUAAAUAAGGCUUCUUUGGAUAUUAUUGAAAAGGCCGCAUUUGUGGUCGCAUUGGACGAUGUACCUUAUGAAUAUGAUCCAAAACACCCAGAAAAAUUAGAUCGUUAUGGUAGGAUCCUGUUACAUGGAAAAGGAUACGAUCGAUGGUUCGAUAAAUCUUUUACGCUAUGUAUUGGAAACAAUGGCAGAAUUGGCUUCAACGCAGAGCAUUCUUGGGCAGAUGCUGCAAUCAUGUCACACUUAUGGGAGUACAUAGUAUGUUCGGAGUUCCUGGACCGACAAUAUAAAGACGGACAUAAUGCAGGUACUCCGGAAUUUACACCUCCGGCUCCAACUCGAUUACAGUGGGAUUUAAGUGGCAAAUGUAUUGAAGCUAUUGAACAAUCUUAUCAGGUAGCGCAUAGUAUAUUGAACGAUGUUGAAUUACGUAUUUACGUGCACGAUACGUAUGGCAAAGGUUUGAUGAAGGCUCAUUCCAUAUCACCAGACGCUUAUAUACAAAUGGCGUUACAAUUGGCGUAUUACCGCGAUGCUGGCAAAUUUAAUUUAACUUAUGAAGCUUCCAUGACGAGAUUGUUCCGAGAAGGUAGAACAGAAACGGUCAGACCGUGCACCAUUGAAUCUUCUAAAUGGGUGAAAGCAAUGGAAGAUAAAACAACAACGGUAACAGAAAAAAUCAAAUUGUUAAUGGAUGGAGUAGCGAGACAUCAAAAAGGUUAUCAAGAUGCUAUGUGUGGUAAAGGAAUAGAUAGGCACCUGUUCUGUUUGUAUGUAGUAUCGAAGUACUUAGAAGUAGAUUCACCAUUUUUGAAGGAAGUUCUAAGCGAGCCAUGGAGAUUAUCAACAUCGCAAACUCCACACGGCCAAACUUCGAAAUUGGAUUUGAAGAAGUAUCCUAAUUGCAUUUCAGCUGGUGGUGGAUUUGGUCCUGUGGCCGAUGAUGGCUAUGGCGUUUCUUAUAUAAUUGCGGGAGAAAAUCUUUUAUUUUUCCAUGUUUCUAGUAAACGAUCUUCGUCAAAAACGGAUGCCGCCAGAUUUGCAAAACAAAUUGAAAAAGCUCUUGGCGAUAUGAAAGACUUGCUAGAACAGAAAAAGAAAAUACAUCAGAACGGAUCUGCGUAAUUUAUUCAUUCACCUGUAGCGGCGUGCAAAAGUAAUUAUAAACUGCGCAAUGAAGCGGGAUUUAUAACUCCAGAUAACUUUUCUUGGCUUAUGGAAGGAUUUAACAAUGUAAACAUAAUUUAAUGCUUAAUAUAAUUUUCUUAAGGCAGUUUUUUCAUAGGCAAUUAUUUUAGUAAAGGUUAUAGGAAAGAAUAAUGGGCCCAAAAUUUAAGAUACGUUAUAGGCAUUGCACAUAUAGUAGAUUUUUAUAGAAUCAUUUCACGUUUGUCACAUAUAUACAAUAUAUAUAUAUAUAUAUAUAUAUAUAUAUAUAUAUAUAUAUAUAUAUAUAUAUAAUAUAUUUAUAUAUAUAUAUCAUUAUCAUAAAUAUCAUCUUUAUUAUUAAAUAAUCGUUUAUAAACUGACAAUUUAUGCGUGAUUUAUAACAAUAUUGCACAGCAGAAGUGUGCAUAAAAGUACAAGUACCAAAUCUCCAUUGCUUGCUGUACAAUACUGCAAAUAAAAAAAUAUUUGACAUUAAUAUAUGACUGCAGGAACAUAAAAAAUGAUUGUAAAUUUCAUUACUUAUUAAAAUUGUUGAAAUUCUUUACACAUGUGAUAUAAAGAAAUAUGUUAUCAAAGUUAAAGUUUUUAGAUAUUGAUAACCGAAUUUCGAAAGAUUUACUAUGAGUACAUAUUAUUACAUUGCAUAUCUACUGCAAGAAAUGGUUUUAUAAUUUCAUUAUGCGUAUAUAUAUAUAUAUAUAUAUAUAUAUAUAUAUAUAUAUAUAUAUAAAUAUGUACUAUAUCCUAUCAUAAUUUAACAUCAAGGAGUCAUUUGUAUGCAAUGCAAUUUAAGCAUAUGAGAAAUUAUAUUUUCUCCAUGAAUAUGCACAAGUGGUAGACAAGUAUUGCCUAUAUCUUAAUAUGAAGAGACAUCUCAAUCUAUAUCAGUCUCAUCAAUUUAAUACCCGAUGAGAUAGGGAUGUAAAACUACGAAUAUGUGAUUACUCUUUCUUUUUUAAGCAAACGUUUAAGCGAUGCCAUAUAUUAAUAUGUGCAACUUAUCAAUGCAAAAUAUUUUAACUAUAAGUAAUGACUAACUGUAAGCGAUUUUAUAACUUAGAACGGAAGCGAUUACAUUCUCCUAUCACAUAUUUGUUAAAGGUAUAUUUAAAGAUAUUGGUGCUUUUUUUAAGCCUUGUUAUUAUAUUUGGUGGUGUUAUAAUUAAACAUUAUUGAGAUAUUUAAGCGCAAGAAAGAUAUGAAAUGCAAGAUGAUAAGAUAGGAAUAUACAUAACAUUUUUGUACACUUAAUUUCAUCUUUGUACAUUGAAUGAAAAUUCUGAUAAUGAUUGUAAACAUUAGAUGUGAAAUUGUACAAUAGAAUUUCGUCUGUUAGCUCUGUAAAGCAACUCUGACACCAUUGUACAUAGAAUUUCUAUGAAAAUUACAACUACAUUGCGGAAGGUAGACUGAAAGAUCUAAAAUAUGCUUACCAAUCAAGAACAAAAUAUGUAAAAUAUUUAAAUAUUGGCAGGAAAAGAAACACUAUCAGAUAUUUGCAAAGCAUUCGAAAUAUUUUUGUACAAUAUUGACAAUUGAUCAAUAAUUCAUUUUAUACCGUUUAUUGGAAUAUUUAUAUAGAAUUCUUUUUUAUUCCAUACAAAAAUAUGUAAUAUUUGAUCAUAACAUGAAUGUACUGUAAUAUAGAAUAAAUAAAAACAACUACGGUCGUUUA